AAAACGUGCAUAACCCUCUAAUGCGAACUCCAACCUCUUCCCUCCUAAAAUCUCUUCUCCAAAACCCAUCACCACCAUCAUCAUGUUCAGUCGAAACCCCAUCCCGAGCUCAUCAGCUCCAUGCCCACCUCCUCAAAUCCUCAUCCCCCUCCGUCAUCACCUCCAUCUACUCUUCCCUCGGCCUCAUCGACGAAGCCCUUCUCUCCUUCUCCUCUCUCCCCUCUCCUCCCCCUCAGUCCUACAAAACCCUCAUCCGCUCCUCGACCUCCCACGGCCUCCACGCCCAGUCCGUCUCCCUCUUCAUCAGAUUCCGCGCCUCGGGUUUCGUACCCAACCACAACUUCUUCCCUUCAGUCCUCAAGUCCUGCGCUGCUCUCCGGGCGCGCAAGCUCGGCGAAUCCCUUCAUGGGUCUGUGGUUGUGCUGGGUCUGGAUUCCGAUCUCUACACCGGCAAUGCCCUUAUGAACAUGUACUCUAAACUGGGCGGUUCCGGGGAUGCCCACAAACUGUCCGAUGAAUUCGACGACAGUAUUGUCAGGAUGAGGAAGGUGUUUGAUGAAAUGCCUGUUAGGGAUGUUGUUUCUUGGAAUACUAUGAUUGCGGGUGUCGCCGAGAGCGGAUUGUAUGAGGAGGCUUUGUCGAUGGUUAGAGAGAUGGGCUUUGUUGGGUUGAAGCUGAAUGCGUUCACUUUAUCGACUGUUUUACCGAUUUUUGCGGAGUCUGUGGAUGUUUGUAAAGGGAUGGAGAUUCAUGGGUAUGCCAUGAGAAAUGGGUUUGAUUCUGAUGUUUUUAUGGGGAGUAGUUUGGUUGAUAUGUACGCAAAUUGUACACGAGCAGAUUACUCUCUUAGAGUAUUUGAUUUGUUACCGAACCCUGAUGCGAUUGCGUGGAAUUCUUUGAUUGCAGGGUGUGUUCAGAAUGGGAUGUUCGAUGAGGGGCUUAGUGUUUUUCGUAGGAUGCUUUUAAACGAACUUAAACCUAUGCCCGUGACUUUUUCAAGUAUAAUGCCAGCUUGUGCACACUUAACGACGUUGCGUCUAGGAAAGCAGCUUCAUGGAUACAUAAUCCGAGGAGGGUUUGAAGAUAACGUGUUUGUGGCCAGUUCUCUGGUCGAUAUGUAUGCCAAAUGUGGAAAUAUAUGUGUUGCUCGAUCCAUCUUUGACGACAUGCAUGUACCUGAUACUGUUACAUGGACAGCCAUGAUUAUGGGAUAUGCAUUGCAUGGACCGGCUGACGAAGCUCUCUCUUUGUUCGAGAGGAUGGCCCUGGAAAAUGGAAAACCAAAUUAUGUGGCAUUUAUAGCAGUUUUGACUGCUUGUAGCCACGCUGGACUUGUUGAUGAAGCACGUGCAUAUUUCGAUAGAAUGAGGAAAGAUUACGGAAUUACCCCGCAUUUAGAGCAUUAUGCAGUAGUUGCAGAUGUUCUUGGCCGUGCAGGGAAAUUAUCUGAAGCGUACGAGUUUAUAUCCAAAAUGCAUAUUAAACCAACCGCAAGUGUGUGGUGCACGUUGUUGGGUGCAUGUAGAAUCCAUAAAAACCUUGAAUUAGCUGAGGAAGUGGCGGAGAAAAUAUUCGAGCUCGACCCUAAACAUAUGGGAUCUCAUGUCCUAAUGUCGAAUAUUUACUCAGCUGCUGGUAAUUGGAAAGAAGCAGCAAAGACGAGAGUGGCAAUGAAGAGAAAAGGCUUAGAGAAGCAACCCGCUUCAAGCUGGAUCGAAGUGAAGAACAAAGUUCACGCUUUUGUUGCUCAUGAUAAAUCUCACCCUUGUUUCGAUCAAAUAUGCCAGGCUUGGGAAGUUCUAGAAGAACAAAUGAAGAGAGAAGGGUAUGUAGCAAAUACUGAGGAUGUGCUUCAUGAUAUCGACGAAGAGCAUAAGAGAGAGCUUUUGUGUGGGCAUAGUGAGAGGCUUGCCAUAACAUUUGGGAUUAUAAGUACUCCUCCAGGGACUACCAUUAGAGUGACGAAGAAUUUAAGGGUUUGUGUGGAUUGUCACACCGCAACUAAGUUUAUUUCGAAGAUUGUUGGGAGGGAGAUUGUUGUUAGAGAUACAAAUAGAUUCCAUCAUUUUAGAGAUGGCAAGUGUUCUUGUGGUGAUUAUUGGUAGGAUUUUGAAAGCACGUCUCUUUACAGAAAUCAUCAGUCUUAUAAUGCUUGCUCAAUAAGUUGCGAAAAUUUCAUAUAUGAUUGAAUUAUCCUCGUUGUAAUUGCAUUUUUUUUUCUUCUUUGCUGUAAGUUGAACACAUUUUUAACUUGGCAAGAGGGGUUCAUUUUGGUGUAACCAACGUAAACUGGAGGAGUUGAGACACAUCUCAUUUUAGAGAUUGAAUAAUAUUCUCUUUAUGUG